AUGCAGCGUAUUCUGCUUGCCGCACUUGUCGGCAUUACAUCAGCGGCUGCUGUUGAUCCACUAUGCUCCGUAUAUGAUCCAUUCAAAGUUCUACCCGAUAACAACAAGCCUCAAAAUAAUGCUUAUUUUCAGUUCCAAAUCGGAGGAGCUUUUCCACUCCAUGAGGAUGACUGCAAGACUUUGCAACCGGAGACGGUACAGGAAAUUGUCGUCAUCCAGUGGGCUCUGACUCACUGGAAUCAGAAUCCCGCCAAUCAUAAUGCUAAAUUAGGUCUCUACGCAGGAGAUACCUGUUCUCGAGCUCAAGAAGCGCUGUCACAAUCGUUGCGAUUCCUCGACUCUGUCGGUUACCAUGAGCCAAAGGAAUGUCGAACGGAGAACCCUGGAGCUAAACUGCUCGGUCAGUGGACUUUUGGACCGGAUUCAUCAAGGCCAUGGACCGUUUUGCAACGGUCGUCGGCUGGUUUAUCCCUAAAACGGUGGAAUUAG